AGAGUCGAAACAAAUAAAUCAGGUUAAAUUUGGCGUAAUGUGUAAAGGCAGCCAAUGGGCUUUCCCAUGAAUCAUGUUGAUUGUUUGGGUGCUCAGGUAGUCCUCAACUUUUUGGCACAAUUGGAGCCAGAAUUUACACGGCUGUUAGGUGAAUUGUGCCAAAUUUUACAAUCUUUUUGCCAUGGUUAUUAAGUGAAUCACUGCAUUCAUUAAGCGUACACAUAGUGUAGGCUGCCCUGAGACUUCGGAGAAGGGCGGGAUAUAAAUGCAAAUAAAAUAAAAAAAGUGAAUCACAUGAUUGUUAAGUGAAUUUUGCUUCCCGCAUGACUUUACUUAUCGAAAACUGGCUGAGGUUGUAAAAUGUGAUCCUGUGAUCCUAGGACGCUGCAGCUGUCAUAUAUACAUUCCAGUUGCCAAGAGUCCAAAUUUUGAUCACAUGACUAUGGGGAUGCUGCAACAAGAUCCACCACUGUAAGUCAUUUUUUUCAAUGCUGGUGUAAAUUUGAAUGGUCACUAAACAAACGAUUGUAAAUCUAGGACUAUUUGUAAUAUGCCAUGAGUUCAGCAUUUUGACAGAAAAGUAUAAGCAGUAUACCUCUAAUGCAAAUAUGCAAUAUAUCUGUAUUUUUGCAUUAGAUGUCUUUCCCAUCCUUGUUUCCUGUUGGAUUACUUGCCUUUUGCCAUUCAAAUUGUUUUAGUUUAUUUCUGCCCCAAAGAUGAAAGGGGUAAUACACGAAGCUGUCCUGGAAGUAGCUAAAACCAGCUUCUCAUUCCUACACACCCCAUGCAAUUCAUUCCAUUCUGGAUAAGUCUAUUAAUAUAGUCUUCUAUUUAUAUGCUGGCCCUUUACAGCACAGAGUUGAGACCUGCAGCUGUGCAACUGAAACAAACUUCCUACAAGUCACUUGGGAAAAAGUGAUCAGUUGAGACAGAGAAGAAAAGUAAGAGGAGUGCAGCCAGGGUGCUUGGUGUGCAGAAGCCAGCAGGGCAGGUUUGAUGGAUUGUAACUGCAGCAGAGACAAAGACAGGUCAAUACUUUUACUGCAGAGGCAAAUCCAUCUCAAAAAGCUGUCAGAAACACGUACUAUGCCUGCCGCAUAAAUAACAGCCAGCAAAGAUUUGGGCAGAGAGGAUACAGAGCUUUUUCUCACGGCACUUCCUGCUUAGCCUCUGAGCUUCUGAUAGGACAAGGACAAGGGAAACCAGAUCCAACCACUGAAGGGAAUCUAGGACUUCUGAUCCAGCAAUGGAGAGAUCAAGUAGGACAUACCUCAACGUGGAUGCAGUGGCCUCUUGGGUGGGAGCUGCUCGACUCUUGCAGGCCAUGUUUGGAUGUACUACAUUCAGCCUUGUGGCCCACCGAGGGGGAUUCAGCGCGGCCUAUGGCUCUUUUUGUAUAUCGGUCUGGUGCUUUUGCUUUGCCGUCACCGUCUUCAUCCUCACCUGCGAGUUUACUCGCCUCCAUAGCUACCUAAGCAUCUCCUGGGGGAAUUUCACAGCUGCCUUUGCCAUGCUCGCCACUCUCAUGUCCAUCACUGCCGCUGUGAUCUAUCCACUCUACGUCCAGUUUGACUGCGAUUCCAAUAGUUGCGAGGUGAGAAACUUCCGCAUUGCCAGUAGUGUUUUUGCAGGGCUUCUGUUUUGGGCAUAUGCCGCAGAAGUAUUUUUAACUAGGGCCAAGCCAGGCCAGGUGACAAGUUACAUGGCCACAGUUUCAGGCCUCUUGAAAAUUGUCCAGUCCUUUGUAGCUUGUAUCAUCUUUGGCGCUCUGGCGAAGGACAGCCAAUACAAUAAGUAUGCAGCUACCCAGUGGUGUGUGGCUGUUUACAGCUUCUGCUUUGUGGUGACUGUGGUUGUGGUGGCUCUCAACGUCACAGGAAAGACAGCAACACUGAAAUGCCCCUUUGAGCACUUUGUGGUCGUUUACACUUUCGUGGCUAUCCUGAUGUAUGUGAGUGCUGCAGUGAUAUGGCCGGUUUUCUGCUUUGAUCGUAAAUAUGGCUCUCCACAACGUCCCUACCAGUGUUCCCGAGCCAUGUGUCCAUGGGACAACCAAGUGGUCAUUGCGGUAUUCACCUAUGUGAACCUAGUACUGUACAUGGUGGAUUUAGCAUACUCUCAGCGUAUCCGCUUUGUCUCAGCUCGCUAAUGCUCAGCUCUGAUGCUACAAGAAUCUUAAAUGACUUCAAAAAUCAGAGAGUUGGGAUCCAUUACAAAGCUAACAGUGACACACAAAGUAUGAACUUGAGGUGCAUCCAUGGGGAAAAAUGGAAUGAUUUGAAAAAAAUAUGUAAUGUGGUCCGAUGGGCCAUAGAUGAAACAUUUUCAGUAUUCUAGCUCACAGACAGGUUUAUUGUAACAUCCAGUUCUCUUAGACCUAAUACUACGAAUUCAGAAAUAGAUUUUGAGCCGUUAUUUGCUGGAAGGACUCUUGAGUAAUUUAAACUUUAGCAGAAAUGGAAUGACAGUUCAAAUGCCUGAAAAAAAGCAUCUGUCCAUCCUAAGAUAAGUUUUUGUUGAAGAAAAACAUAAUACCUUUUUAAUAAACCUGGUAGGUAUUGUCAGCUAUUUCACAGUGGGAGGGAAGAAAGACUAAACCAUCAUGAAGAUAUUUCAAUUUCAACAUUCCUUCAGACAAAGGAGAAUUUCUGUAUGCAUGUGCUGGGUGGGAAGUAGUGGGGUAUUCUUGUUGGGAACUGUUUGAAAAAUACGUUGACAUUGUAAUUGACAGCUGCAACAGAAAGGCUGCUGUGCUUUCAAAACAAUUACUUCCAGACUGUCCUUCUCAAUCUGCAGUCCUUCAAGAAUCUGAGGACACCUAAAUACCUGACAGUCAGGUGGUGGCGAAAGGUGAUCCCAAGAUCCCAAGAUACUGCAACCUUCAUAAAUACAUGCAAGUUGCCAAACAUCCAAAUUUUGAUCACAUGACCAUGGGACGCUGCAAUGGUCAUAAGUGAUCAUAAGUGUGAAAAAUCGUCAUAGGUCACUUUUUUCAGGGCUGUUGUAACUUCAAACGAUCACCAAAGAAAUGGUUGUAAAUUGAGGACUGCUUGCAUUGGGACAAUAAGUCCCAGAGUUUCCAGAUAUAAUGAGUACGUUGUGUGCCUUGUCAUUUAAAAAGGACCUGUAUAAUUUUAUAAUGAAUUCAAUUAAUUCAAUUUCUUUUAUGUACACUGAGAGCAUAUGCACCAAGACAAAUUCCUUGUGUGUCCAAUCACACUUGGCCAAUAAAAAAUUCUAUUCUAUUCUAUUCUAUUAAGUGCCUGUUGCUUGAAAUAUGCUUGUUCUUAAAUUACAAUUAAGAGGUCAUUUGCAAAAACAAUCUUGAUGCAAAUAAUAAUACAAUAG